UAUAAAUAAAUUCUCUAAAAAAAAGUUUGUAGGAAUAGACUUUUCCUGCCAAGCAUAUUUAAUAACUCAAAAAACAAACAUUUAACUCUCUUAAACUUAGAAGUUCAAUUGAAAGGCUUUGAAGAAGAAGGCAAACGAAGAAUUCUACUACAUGGCAGCAGCAGCAGCUGAAGACGGUCACAAUUAGAGAGAGAGAGAGAGAGAGAGAUGCAUCCCUCAAGAAGAAGAGGUUUGGUCCCAUUCAUCAUCUUCCUCAAGGUAGUUUCAGACCCAACCUGAGUAUCAAGCAACGCAAGCAAUCAAAGUUUCAAUUUAAUUAGCAGAUGAGUUUUCCUGAGGAAUAUGUAACACUUUAUCUGAGGUUGUUGAGGGCUGCUGAAAAAGAUGACACCAGGGAACUAUAUAUAUUACAUGAACAAAACUCACUCUUGUUGCACGGUCCAUCGUUAUGGGGAGAGAAUGAAAACCCUCUACACGUCUCCUGUAAGCAUGGCAGCGUUCGAUUUGUGAUAGAGGUUCUGAAUUUAAAUCCAGGGUUAGCUAGAAGAAGAAGAAACAGUGAUGGUUUUAGUCCUAUGCAUGUGGCUUCGGCUAAUGGGCACGUUGAGAUAGUUCAAGUGUUGGUGGAUUUCGAUUCUAAACUCUGCCUUGUGGAGGACAUUGAAGAUCGGGUUCCUCUCCAUGUGGCAGCAAUGAAGGGGAAAGGGGAUGCUGUUAGGGCAUUAGUCCAUGCAUGUCCGGAGUCUCUUCGAAAGCUGACCUGCCGCGGAGAGACUGCUCUUCACCUUGCCCUCAAGAAUCACCAAACUGGUGCUUUCAUAGUCCUUUUGGAAGAGAUUCAAAAAUGGAAGCAAGAGGAGCUCCUUAACUGGAAGGACAUUGAAGGCAACACUGUUCUGCAUAUUGUCACCUCCCGUAAACUGAUCCAGAUUCUGGAGCUAUUGCUCUCACUCAACCUCAACUCUACAAAUGGGACAGUAAUGUUGGAUGUAAACUCCAUUAAUGGCAGAGGACACACACCCUUAGAUCUCCACUACGAAACCACCGCCAAUGACAUGCUUGCACGAGAGAUCCGCAUAGUCCUUCAGGAUGCUGGUGCUGUCGAGGGACGUUACUUGAACCACCUCACAGCGGCAGCACAACCACCACCUCCACAACCAUCACCACCAUCUACUGCUGAAUCACAACCGCCCCAAAAACUAUUGCCAGUUAAGAUCAGAAACUCCUUAUUAACUGUUCUCAUCAUGGCUGCCACUUUUGCCUUCGCUUCUUCCAACCCACCCAAUUAUUUCAAUCUACAAGCUGUCACGGAUGUCAAACAUCCUCCUCCUCGCCUCACCUUAUCCUCGUUGGUAUUGGGUUCUAAAUCUAACAACCAAUACAGGGGCAUAUUCUACUACAUGAUGUUCAACAUUGCUGGGUUUCUUGCAAGCAUGUGUGCUAUUCUGGUUCUGGUAAGGCCACUUCCUCACAGCUCAGUUGUGAGCUUUGUCAUGGUUACAAUGUUCAUUGCUUAUCUUCUUGUGGUGGAUAAGAUCAUGCCAAGUUUCUCAGUCAUAUUAUUGGGUUCCUCGGAAAUUUCAAGCACUCCUCUUGUUUGGUUAUCAGCUCUGGCAUUCAUAUUUUGUGGAUUUGUGAUUUCGCUUCUUGUGAAACUAUUUCAUGGAGUCUACAACCGAUGGAAAUCGUCAAGAGGCCAUGCAUGAUAUGCUGUUUGGAGUGACCUUUUGGUUUGAUGAAGGCAUUUCUCUUCGAUAAAUGGAGAUUGUGUGUAUAAAUAAAUAAACACUAAGAAGAGAAGGACCAUGGUGCAUGGAUGGCCUCUCUUUUUCUUAUAUGUUUAUGAAUAAGUAAGGGAAAUGCUAGGUAAUGGAUAUGCUUGGCAUGUGUGUAAAAAAAUCUGUAUUGAAAUAUGUAUAAUAUAUAUAUAAAUAUGUGUGAAAUUUA